UUCUUGUCUGGGGACUCGGAUUCAAUGUUUCCCAGUUUCGUGAUCCUCUAGUCGACUCUCGGUCACGGAGCUCCCGCUCCACAGACCUCCAGAGUUCCGUCGUCCAGGUAAUGCCCCUACGCUGCUCUCUCCGAUGAAGAACCUUACAACGAGAAAGAAUACGCGGUCUUCGAAGGACGAUCAUGUAUCUGGAAAUUGACAACAAGUGAUCGGAGUUUCUCUGGGAAGAAAAUGCACGAGGGCUGUCGGGUCCCAACCCGGAACGUCGUGUCAGCUUGCUUGGGGGUUCUCGUGAUCACUACGCUCUGCGUUUCCUUAUUCCACCCGAAGUGGUUCUUCCUAACAGCCUUGGGCAAGGGACAUGGUCUGCCUCCGAGUCAAACCUCAUAUUACAUCGGCGUACAGAACUGGUUCCAUCCUCCAGUGCAUCGAUGUGCCAGCAAUCAUGAGGUGAAGUCGCUCCAGAGCGUCAUAAUUGUCGUAACUUGUCUGGCUCUGCUGAAUUCGUUGACGCAAUUCCUGAUGGAUGCCUGUGAUGUGGACAUCUUGCAGUUCCGACGCAACGCAGUGCCUUCGGUGAUUUCAGUGAUCCUUUGCGUGGCUUGUAUCGGGCUCGCUUACCAUCUUUCGUGCGUGUUGACGAGAUGCACGGCAAAUGCAGCGGUGCAGGUGUCAUUCGCCUUGUCCUACUACCUCCAGGCCUUAUCCGGAGUUCUGGCGACUUUCGUGGCUGGAGUCAAUCUCGUCGUGCCACCGUCUUCGAGGUCGCGUCGACAAAACCUUCUUAUGUACGAGGGCGGCUCCGAAAACGAUUGGCCCCCUCUUCCGCCGUAUACGCCUUGA